AUGACAGAUGAACAAAGAUUAUUAUCAAAAAUAUUAAAUGGUUAUGAUACAGCAUCUAGACCAAUAUUUAAUGCAUCUAAAAGUGUACAAGUUGGAUUUCAAUUUACAUUAAUACAAAUUAGUCAAUUGGAUGAAGUAAACCAAGUACUUACAUUAAAUGUAUGGAUUGAACAGGAAUGGGUGGAUGAAAGACUUACAUGGAAUCCUGAAGAUUAUAAUAAUCUUUCAAGAAUAAGAAUUCCAUGUCAAAAAUUAUGGUUACCAGAUAUUGUAUUAUAUAAUAGUGCAGAUGAUUACAAAACAGAUUAUAUGCAAAGUAAAGCAAUGGUACAAUUCAAUGGAAAUGUAUUUUGGCCACCACCAGCUAAAUUACGAUCAACUUUGAAUGUAAUUAAAAGACAUGAUGAAGUAGAUAUAUCGAAUUAUGUUGAAAAUGGUGAAUGGGAUCUACUUAAAGUUGUCGUAGAAAGACAUGAGAUAUUUUAUCCAUGCUGUAAUGAACCAUAUCCUGAUUUACGAUUUACAAUUUAUAUGCGUCGACGUACACUAUAUUAUUUAUUUAAUAUCAUUUUUCCAUGUUUAUGGUUAACUGUAUUAAGUUUAGUUAGUUUUUGGUUACCUCCUGAUUCUGGUGAAAAAAUUACACUUGGUAUAACUGUAUUAUUAGCAUUCAGUGUAUUUAUGUUAUUGAUUGCAGAGAAUAUGCCAGCUACAAGUGAAUUUGUACCUUUAAUUGGUGUUUAUCUUACAGUAACCAUGACAAUGACAUCAUUAUCAAUUAUAUUAACUGUAUUAGUAUUACAUCUCCAUCAUACUGGAUCUAAUCGUCAACCUGUACCAAAAUAUAUUAAAAAAAUAUUUUUUAAUUUUAUAGCAAAAUUAUUAUGUUUAAAUAUUGUCUAUCGAUAUCAAAUGAAACAGGAUCAAUCAAUCAAGUUAACGAAACAAACAAAAUUGAUUUUAGAUCAACUUCAAAAUGAUCAACAGAAUGAUCAAUAUUUAUCUUCUUCUAAUCAUUAUUUACCAUCGGAUGUAUUAACUUCUAAUAGACAAACAAAGAAACAAGUAUCAUCUAAACAGUAUAAAGAAAACUUUAUUGAACAACAUCAUCAUCAUCAGGAACAAUAUGAAUCCAUAAUGAUGAAUCGAUUGAGUUCCCCUAAUUUAAAUCGAAUCCAUUCAAUCAAUGAACCUAAAACAACUGUACAUGUCGUUCGAUUAAUUGAUAAGGAAGAAGAUCAACAAUCAACUUCUAUAAAGAAGAAGGAUCUAAAUCAACAAAUCAUUACUAAAUAUAAACAAUAUGAAAUGUCUUAUAAUCAUCGUACAUAUUAUACAAGAUCUACAGAUGAUCUCAUGGAUAAUGAUGCUGAUGAUGAUAUCAAACUACUGAAUUCUUUUAACAAAAAUCAACAUACUACUCACAGUAGUAUAAAUCAUUUUAAAGAAUUUCAAUGUUUGUUAGCAAAAUUAUCAAAAAUUUUACAAAAACAGAAAAACAACAAAAAAUUAUAGAAAUUUAUUUAUCUAAUUUAUAUUAUAAACAAUAUCAUGAACAAUCCAUUAUUGAUAUCAUUAAUGAAUGGCGUAUAUUAGCUGUUAUUGUUGAUCGUAUGUUAUUUUGGUUGUUUUUAUUUAUUGCUAUGAUAGCAACCAUUGUAAUCUUAUUAAUUAUGCCAUUAUUUAAACCAACUUUUGCAUAGUACUUACUGACUUACAUAUGCCUGUUACUCCUCAUGAAGGAGCAUAGGCCACUCACCAGCAUUCUCCAUCCAACCCUGUUCUAGGCAGUCUUUUCCAGCUCCUUCCAGUCACUAUCCAUCCUUUUCAUAUCUGCUUCGAUUUCCCGACGUAAUAUGUUCUUUGGCUUUCCACUUUUCCGCUUCCAUUCAGGAUUCCAAGUCAGGGCUUGCCUCGUGAUGCAGUUUG